AUGGAGCAAAGUGCGUCCACCAAGAAUCAGCACGCCUCUCUAUCGGCGCAGCUCGAUAAGGGAGAAUAUGACUAUUCGAAUAUCGAUCCCGAACUCCUCGCUAUGUCGGCGCAGCCCGAUAAUGGAGAAUAUGGCUACUCGAAUAUCGAUCCUGAAGUCCUCGCCAAUAUGGGAGAAUAUGACUAUUCGAAUGUCGAUCCUGAAAUCCUCGCUAUGUUUGCGGAGCCCGAUAAAGGACUAGAGGACGACUCGAAUAUCGAUCCUGAAAUCCUCGCCAUGCUUGAGGAGGCCAACCAAGCCUUCAAGGAGGGCCUGGAGGAACAGGAAGCCUGUAACCGAGAGGAUGAACUGGACUACGACGCGUUGGAGCGGGAGUUUGAGCUGGCCUUCGCAACCCUGGAUGAAGAAGAGCCCGGUUGGGACGACCCGGUUUGGUCGGAUCGUUCCGGAGCGAAUUCUCAGGCAUCUGUCCGCAGUUAUGGGUUUGGACCCCUCCCGGACGAGUACCGGUAUAACGACGACGACGCUCGAUCUGUAGGAUCUGACAGCUCGUUGUUCCGCGAGAAGAUCCCUCCGGUCGGCAGUCGUCCAAUCCUGAAACCGAAGUCUCGCGUCAGGGCUACGCCGGCGGAGAAGGCCGCCUCUGCAAUGAUGCCAUUUACUGUCAGCAACCCGGCAGACAUCCCAGCCAUCUCCUUCCCAUCCAACCCCUAUUGGGGUGGAGCUCCAAUUCCCUCGUCUGGCCAACAGACUCUAACGUUCAUGGGCGUGACAACUUCAGUUCCAGUGCUUUCAGAUACCGCCAAUAUGGAGCUAGUCAACAACACUGUGGGUGUGACCGAUACGGUUCAGGAGUGCUCAAAUGAAAAAGAUCGGGCUCUAGUGGGGUUGGCAAUGCAAGAGCUCAAUACCGCCACACAUAAGCUGAACACCGCUGGCCUGCACAGAGCUGCUCUGGAGGCCGAUAUCAGAAGAUUGGAAGAGGCCCGCAAGGAAUCGGAUCUGAAGAUUGCAGAUUUGGAAACACGGCUUUUAGAGAAGCUGGACUCGGUUACCGGCGCUCACAUGGCCGCGACGAAAGAAUUACAAAUCUGCCGCAGUGCACUCGCCGCAUCGCAGCAGUCUUGCAACGCCAUGAACAAAGAGAACGGCGAACUCAAGCACCAUGUCUCCGAGAUGGCUAAUGCAACAGGCCUAGACAAAGAGAGUAACGACAUUCGCUACCAAGUCUCCGAACUCUCGAAUAACGUCGCCUUUGUCAACGGAGAGCUGGACACCCGCACCCGGGAGCGAGAUUUUGCAGUACAAAAGCUCGGGGAGGCCCAGUUUCACAUCGAUGAAGCCAUUGCUGCCAACAACUACCAUCGCCAACAGAUCGCAAUUAUGGAGAGCAACGCUGCAGCCAAGGAGGUUGAGGUCACGACCCUUAUGACAGCCUUGACAAAGUCAGAAACCGAGAAGCAGGAUUUGGAACACAAAUCCCAAGAAAAAGAGGAAAAUGCGGCGGCCAAGGAGGUCGAAGUCAAGAACCUCAUGACAGCCUUGACGAAGGCAGAAACCGAAAAGCAGGAUUUGGAGCGUAAGGCCCAAGAAAAAGAGGACAAUGCCAAAAGCAAAGACGACAAGAACUUAAUCAAACCGAAGGAGGAAAAAGCCAAACUGUCCAAGACUGAGCAGUAUUGGAAGGACCAGUAUGAUGCAGAAGCUAAGCAUACGACUGUAGUGGAGAGGAAUGCUCAGGCCUACGAGCAAGACUAUUUCGAUAUAAAAGGGCAAUACAAAAUCGCUGAUAUCAAAGUCUCCCAACUCACAGAUACGGUUGCCGAAAUGAAGGCCGUGGCACAACAAAAGGAAUACGAGAUCUCUGAGCUCACACAUAAAGUCACGAAACUCAGCAAUGACCUCGGAGAGUUGGAAUCAUCCACGAAGACUGAAAGCGCCAGCCAUCACGCCGAAGUCGAAAAGUUGAAAAAAGACAUUGGGAUUGCCAACCACGAGAAGAACUACAUCGAUGGACUGCUUAAUGAAGCCAAUGAUGAAUGCACCUCCCUCAACAGACUCAAUAUCCGGAACAAGAAAAAAAUCAAUGAGCUGGAUGAGGCAUUGAGAAAGGAGACAGCCACGACCGCCAGGUUGCAGGAACAGGUGAAAAACGAACGCAACAGCUCCGGCGAUGCGUUGCAUGUUUCACGUAUCGCAACUCUUCACAGGGCUCAACGCACUCAUGGAUUCCCGCGUCCUCCGCGCGAUGAUAGACGCUUGAUCCCAACACUGGAUGAACAGUUGGCUGCCUGGAAGUCGGACGAUAGAGACUCCGAGAAGUUUAUGGAAGAUCAUCGUCGUGCGCUCAAGGAAAAGCCUAUGACGCCCCUGAGACCAAUCACCAAACUCAAAGACUCUUCCACCGAUACAGUUGGACCAUCCGAGUCUCACGAGAAUGCUUCCAGCGUAUCCAAAGGAUCUUCCACUGCUGGAGUUGGUCUUCAUGAAGAGACUGCCAGCAACUUCGACGACUCUUCCGUUACUGCCGUUGAGCCGUCCGUGUCUAGCGAUGAGACUGACAGCGAACUCGAAGAUUCUUCCGACACUGAAACUGAAUCAUAUAUCAACAAAUCCAAGAAAUUGUCGUCUAUCCUUGGUCGCCGACCAAAGAAAGAUGUCAAAUAUGUCGAACAACUUGUCUAUGUCGACAAAGAGGUCAUCGUCGACAAGAUUAUUGAACACACCGUUCACCAAGCUCGUAGCCCUAUCUGGGCCCUUUUAUUUGUCUAUGUCGACCUGUGGACCAUUUUCGCUCACUCCCACCCCAAUUUCGCGGCAUCCAUCGGACGCCUCAAUCCUGUCAACAUCGUUGGUUACCGUUUCUCUGUUUUCGUGCGCUCCUUCCCCAAUUUUGUGGCAUUGAUCCGACGCCUUAAUCCUAUCAAAAUCGAUGGCUACCUUUUCUCCGUCUGCACGCACUACUUCCCAAAGUGUGCGGCAUUCAUCCGACGCCUCAAUCCUAUCAACAUCGCUGGCCGCCUUUCGUCUGGUAUCCCCUUCAACAUCAGUCGCCUCACCCGCAUCAACAUGAAAUCCUCCAAACCUGCCGCCACCAGACCCACGGAGAUCGACAUCGAAUCCCAAACCAAGGAGGCCACUGCCAUAGAUCUCGAAUCCCAAGCCGAGGACCUCAUCGAGCCCGACACCCGCCCCAAGGUCGUCCACAGGCUCCCAUCACUCUGGCCGAACCUCCUCACGGCCAUCCUACAGCUCCUCACGAUCUACAUUCUCUACCAAAGCUACAGCGUCUUCGACCAGCGCCGCAUCUGGCUCUCGGGCAACGAAAUUACUCGCAGCACCGUUGCGCGAUUCUGGGGCCGUGAGCCUGGGUUCUUUGGCGUUUCUGUUGGGCGCAGUAAUUGGUACAUACAUAAGCUUUGUUUCUGGAUUAUUCAGGGCACGGGGUACUCUUACGCACUUCCGGGAUAAAGAGAUGGGAUGAGCGGAUGCGUGGGGUUGUUUUUCUUUGUUUUGUGGCACGCACUGGGAAUGGGAUUGCUGGGAUAGAUUGUCUCGUAGGAUUUUCCUGAAUAUUGUGCAUGUUGUUACAUGAAUUCAAAUGAAAG